AGUUUGUGGCCUCAAGUUGGCUUGUUUACCAACAGAGGGCUGUGACGUCACGACAGAGAAAUCUCAGGGUCGUCCGUUCCUCAUGCGGUAUUUUGGUUCUGUUCGAGCCAUGCCAGACACUCAGGGUGGAAACUGACAUACUGAAGGAUGAAGUAUGUCGUCUCAAGGAGUGCAGUGAACAUCAGUAGGAAGGGAAGUCAAACAGUGCUACAAUAUAGGACUGCUGGAAAGUGGUAGGGAAAACUAGAAAUCUUCCCAGUAGGAGAACCAUAAAGAAAUCUACGGUAGACACACCCAUCCAGCUCUCCCUUCUGCAGGAGGAGAAUGUAAACAGGGGUUCAGCAAGUACAGACGUGAGACUUCUAAACAGAAAAAGAAACAAAAAUUGUAGGUGACAUAUUUUGGCUGUGAUAGGACGAGGAAGUCUAGCAAGAUCCAGGCGCUGAAAGAGUACACGUCCGGGGUCGGUCUCCUUCAGCUGAGCCGUCAGGCAGACAACACCUGCCAAAAUGGAAGAGGACAAGGAGAUGGAAAAGCCUGAGCAAGGUUCAAAUGAAGAUGAAAGAAAUCAACUGAAUCAUUCUGACGAUAAUGGAAAAAAUCAACUGAAAUGCUCAGAUGACGAUGAUGGAAGAAAUCAACUGAAACGUUCUGAAGAUGCUGAGAAAAAUCAACUGAAACGUUCUGAAGAUGCUGAGAAAAAUCAACUGAAACAUUCUGAAGAUGGAAGAAAUCAAGUGAAACAUCCUGAAGAUGGAAGAAAUCAAGGGAAACAUUCUGAAGAUGGAAGAAAUCAAGUGAAACAUUCUGAAGAUGGAAGAAAUCAAGGGAAACAUUCUGAAGAUGGAAGAAAUCAGGGAAAACAUUCUGAAGAUGGAAGAAAUCAGGGGAAACAUUCUGAAGAUGGAAGAAAUCAGGGAAAACAUUCUGAAGAUGGAAGAAAUCAGGGGAAACAUUCUGAAGAUGGAAGAAAUCAGGGGAAACAUUCUGAAGAUGGAAGAAAUCAAGGGAAACGUUCUGAAAAUGCUGGAAGAAAUCACCCAAAACGUUCUGAAGAUGCUGGGAGAAAUCAAAUGAAACGUUCUGAAGAUGCUGGAAAAAAUCAAACGAAACGUUCUGAACGUGCUGGAAGAAAUCAACCAAAACACAGAGAUGAGAAGAAAGGUAAAGAUAAAAAUAGGGAACGCAGCAGGUCUCGUUCGCAUGAACGACGUAAACACAAAAUUAGUUCAAGAUCAAGAUCACGUUCCAGAGAGGCCAGAAGGACGUCACGCCGCAAGCAACCUUCAUUAUACUGGGACAAACCACCUCCAGGUUUUGAACACAUAACACCAGUUCAAUACAAAACAAUGCAAGCUGCUGGACAGAUUCCAUCUAAUGUGACAGUACCUCUAAUUGCACCACCCAGUGUAGGGCAAAUAGUACCGCUGGUGACAGUUCAAGAAGUCAUAAAUGUUCCCCAACAGCCUGUUGGUUCCACUAUUACUAGACAAGCACGGCGUCUGUAUGUAGGAAACAUUCCAUUUGGCGUAACAGAGGAAGAAAUUAUGGAGUUCUUCAAUCAGCAGAUGCACCUUGCUGGCCUUGCCCAAGCUGCUGGAAAUCCAGUUAUUGCUUCCCAGGUUAACCUUGAUAAGAAUUUUGCAUUCUUAGAAUUUAGAUCAAUUGAUGAAACAACUCAAGGUAUUGCUUUUGAUGGUAUUAAUUUUAAGGGACAGAGUUUAAAAAUCAGACGACCUCAUGAUUAUCAACCAAUGCCAGGCAUGUCAGACCCUUCAACUCUAACUACUAUGUCAGGUACGACACAGAUUCCAGUUAUUGCAGGUGUGGUUUCAACUGUGGUGCCUGACACUCCUCAUAAAAUCUUUCUUGGAGGACUACCUAAUUACCUGAAUGAAGAUCAGGUUAAAGAGCUGCUUACGUCAUUUGGUCAGCUUCGAGCAUUUAACCUGGUCAAGGAUUCUGGUACUGGACUAUCCAAGGGCUUUGCCUUUUGUGAGUAUGCAGAUGUCAGCCUCACUGAUCAAGCCAUCCAUGGUCUGAAUGGAAUGCAGUUAGGAGACAAGAAGCUAGUGCUACAGCGUGCAAGUGUGGGAGCCAAGAAUUCUACUGCCAUGUCUCAAGCUCCAGUGCAGAUCCAGGUUCCUGGUUUGCAGCUGCAAAGUGGCUCAGGGCCUGCUACUGAAGUGCUGUGCCUCAUGAAUAUGGUAAUGCCAGAUGAGCUUAAAGAUGAAGAAGAAUAUGAGGAUAUCCUUGAGGAUAUUCGUGUGGAAUGCAGCCGAUAUGGUAUCGUGCGAUCAGUUGAAAUUCCUCGGCCAGUUGAAGAAGUCGACGUUCCAGGUGUUGGCAAGAUUUUUGUGGAGUUCAAUUCAGUCUUGGAUUGCCAGAAAGCACAGCAAAACCUUACUGGAAGGAAAUUUGCAAAUCGUGUGGUUGUUACAUCUUACUUCGAUCCUGAUAGAUAUCAUCGGCGUGAUUUCUAAAUGAUAAAAUAUGUAUUUCUCUCCAUUUACUGGACGUGUAGUUUUUAUCAGUUUUUUAUCUGAUUUAACAAUAAAUUGUAAAUGGC